GGACGCCCGGCGCCAGAGGACAAAAACCAAGCGCGCGCGGUCGCUUGCGCCGAAGCGCGAGCAUUUUUGGCACCCUCGGGCACCGCUGCGACCGACUGCGGCCGCAUCCGCUGGCCGCCGCAUCUGUGCGCGCCACACAAGCACCCGCAUUUUGAACGGCGAUCCGCGCGGCAGGACGCCGAGGCAUCUGUGCGCGCAAAAACAAAGAGAUAAUGGUCCGCCGCGUGGCGUUACUCCUCGCCGUCGCCGCGCGCUGCGCCGCCGCGGACGACCUCGACGCCACCUACGAUAGAGCAUUCCCCGUGUGCCCCUCAGCAAAUACAGAUGGAGGCACGGCGACGUGCGGCAGCCCGCCGUUCGAGAGCUGCGACGCCGGCGCGCGCUGGUACGAGGUCUGGCGCGCCUUCGACGCCCGGACGGCGACGGUGAGCGGCCCGCACCUGAAAAGGUUGCGGGUCCAGCACCGGUCUUUUGAUUCGUCCUUGGUCGGCGCCUUCCACGCGCUCGGGAAUGUGCUUCUCACGGGAGAACUGGGCAGCGGCAAGUACGAGGACCCGCUGCUGGGCUGCCCCGCACCUUGGGACGACGCGACAACAUGUAUUUUACGAUUGUCGCCCUUCGGCGAGGCUUGUGUCCGCGUGGCGGUGAAGCCGCAGGUGCUUCCCGGUUCAAUAGGCAGCGCGUCCGUGUCCUUCGCCACGUCUACAAAACGACGCGAUUUAAGGGUGGCCGCCCUCGUCGCGUCCAUAUUGUUACACCAGACGGCGCCCACCAUCGGCGAGUCGGCUUUCCUCCAUUACGGUGUCGGCGUGUCCUUCGGGCUCCUGUUUGGUGUGGUUGUGCUCGUCUGUAGCAUUCUCUGCGUUAUGAUCUCGUCGCCUACGAAAAGGCGGACCGCGGUAGCUCUUUCUUUCUUGGGCUACUCCGCGGCGGUCAUGAGGCAUGCGCGGCGCGUCGUCUGGUCGCUGGUGACGAGCUACCCGCGAUUGAUCGCGACCUACGCCUGCGUCACGAUGGCCUUCUCCGUCUUCGGGACGCGGGCCGCGCGGUCGACGGACGUCUUCUUCGACGCGGUGCGGUGCGCCGUGAGGCUGACUGCUUUGUUCAUCGCCUUCCACGCGACGCGGUCGGUAGCCGUCGGUUUGUUAUUUGCCGUCGGAUUUGGGGUGGCGCAGAUCCUGGGCGGUUCGUCGUUUGGCGCGGUCGUGACGCUCGUCGCGUCUAGAAUGCCGUCUACUCCGGAGGUCAAGCCGUCGCCGCGGCCCGCGCGCAACUUCCUGGAGGGCCACCGCUACCUGACGGAGGAGGAGUACAAGGAGCAGGCCGCCGACGCCACUGCUGAAGCAUUGGCGGGCUUGGUCGAGACGGAGGAGUACCGGCGGUGGGUGGCGAAGAACCACCACCGGCUCGGGGCGCGCGCCGCCGCCGCGUCGGACGACGAGGACGGGUCGGACUACUGACCCUCGCUCGCUAUGUGUUGUGAUGAUAAGUACUACGGUUCACAUUA